UAGAGAAGAAGAAGAAGAAGAAGAAGUAAGGAGUUGGUGUUGGCUGUAGGAACACCACUUCUCUCUCUCUAAAUAUUUGGUUUAUUGCUGUGUUUUUAUCACAUACUGAAGGCAGUGGCAUCUAAAAUGAAAUCCAACUCCCAGAGCCAAGAUGCAUUUCUAGUUCACCUGUAAAUAUGUUUAAGACUUGCAUUACUAAAGAAGAACAUUUACUAAAAUUGCAGUGUUAAACUUAACCACCAGAGAGCAUCAUAACCUGAAGCUAUAGCUCUGACUGUUGAACUGCUAUAGGAACGUUUCCUCCUUUGUAGUCAGUUUAAAAUGAUUUUGACAUGAUUUCAAUAUUUGCCUGCAGUUUGGCAGAUUGUCUUCACCGUUGUCAGAACAGUCUGAGUGGAAGUUGAAAUGACAUGUCACAAGAAAGUAGUCUCAUGUCAGAGACUGACACUGAGUACUUGAACAGGAAGCUCAACUUUCUGUGGUUAGCUGAGCAUUUGCUGUGCACUUUGCUGCAUACAGGAAGCUGCAAGUGUCACUCACUGCUGACUGCUCACUGCCUGAAACAUUUGCUCGGUCUGAGAGCAACACACGUCAAAGAAUUUGUGUCAAAGAUGGCUCAGGGAAAGGAGCAAUCCUUCGCCAGCCGUUUAUUUCAGAAGUAUUGCAAAGGCAGCCAAGAGCAGAGAGGACAGGAAAGUGAUGUGCCUCACAUCUCUGAGUUCACUCUCAUGUGGGACAAGUCCAUGAAAGAGUUCUUAGCUAAAGCCAAAGACGACUUUUUAAGAAAAUGGGACUGUCCACAACAGAGCACAACUGGCCUAGACGACUUUGACAGAUUUAAGACGUUGGGGACGGGCUCAUUCGGGCGAGUGAUGCUUGUCAAACAUAAAGGAACAAACCAGUUUUAUGCCAUGAAGUUUUUGGACAAACAAAAAGUGGUUAAACUAAAGCAGAUAGAACACACACUAAAUGAAAAAAGAAUACUACAGGCCGUCUCCUUCCCCUUCCUCGUCAGAUUGGAGUACGCUUUCAAGGACAACUCAAACCUUUACAUGGUGAUGGAAUAUGUCCCCGGUGGAGAGAUGUUCUCACAUCUCAGACGUAUUGGCAGGUUCAGUGAACAUCAUGCAAGAUUUUAUGCAGCUCAGAUAGUGCUCACCUUUGAGUACCUUCACUCUUUAGACCUCAUCUACAGAGACUUGAAGCCAGAAAACCUACUCAUAGAUCAGCAUGGGUAUAUUCAGGUCACAGAUUUUGGAUUUGCCAAAAGAGUCAAAGGCAGGACCUGGACGUUGUGUGGAACUCCCGAGUAUCUGGCUCCAGAGAUAAUCCUCAGCAAGGGCUACAACAAAGCUGUGGAUUGGUGGGCACUUGGAGUUCUAAUCUACGAAAUGGCUGCUGGUUAUCCUCCCUUUUUUGCCGACCAGCCGAUCCAGAUCUACGAAAAGAUUGUGUCCGGCAAGGUACGAUUCCCCUCUCACUUUAGCUCUGACCUUAAAGACCUGCUGAGAAAUCUGCUGCAGGUUGACCUGACCAAGAGAUUUGGCAACUUGAAGAAUGGUGUGAACGACAUAAAAAAUCACAAGUGGUUCUCCACAACAGACUGGAUUGCCAUAUAUGAGAGGAAGGUGGAAGCUCCCUUUAUGCCAAAGUGCAGAGGUCCAGGAGAUACGAGCAACUUUGACGACUACGAAGAGGAGGAAAUUCGAGUGUCGCAAACGGAAAAGUGUGCAAAAGAGUUUGCUGAUUUCUAGUGAGCGGACGGGGGUCCCGCUAGGGUCGGUGUGUUUUGGGGGAUUUUGCACUCGGAUUUUAAGCGUUUAGGUUGAACUGUGUCCAUCACAUCUAACACCAGUGCUUCAUCCCACACAGCUGAAUGAGAUCCUUCUUGCCAUAGCCCUGCGUGCAGUAACGCACUAACCUGUACACAUUAUGCAGACACGCCCCCCGUGCUGCAACACACAAACACAAGACUCUGUGUUUUGUUGGUGUCCUCUCUCUUUAAUUUGAAUUUCCAUGAGCGUCAAAAGAGCUUUUACUGCUCCCAUUUUAAAACGGCACAAACACUGAUGGAUUUUAUUCGCUGGUGUUGCACAUCUUCUGACAUUAGCUUUUGGAGAAAUUGAAGGGUUCAUUUUCCCGUCUUUCUUGUUUCGGUUUAUUGUUUAAACUUGUGUUUUUGCCACACCUGGUUGUUUUCAUUCCCUGCUGAUUAUAACCUCCUUAACAAAUUAGCCAUCAGUCACUCCUCUGUUGUCCGACGUGCUUAUGAAGUAAUACCAGAUCAUGGAUCUAUAUUUGGACACUGUUUGCUAAAUGCAUACCCACAAUCCAAUUGAAGGAAGUGGUGCUCUGGGAAGGAGAAGAAACAGUUGUGGAGACUGCUUUUUCUGUCCAGUUAUGGAAAAAACUGAUCAACACUUUUCUUGUCAGGCGCUGUACACGUUGAUCAGUUUUCAAAUUGCUCGAUCCAAAUCUGGUCACAGGACAUUUCUUUUUACCUCAGAGUCGGUGUGGUAUGUACUUUUCAAGUACAAGUCUGAUGAGGUUUGAUUGACAGGUUGGCAGGUUUUUGGCAAGCCCAUAAAUUAAGUACACUGAAGGGUUUUCUCACAAACUGAUAAUUAACUUUUCAGAUUUCAAUGAAAGGGAAUUUGCUGUAGCAGCAAAGCACUUUUGUGUGUGUGAACUUGGUCAGACCAUCAGAAUAAUUGUUCAUGAUUUUGUUCUGCUUUAGCAGAGCAGUUGAAAGUCUAUUUUUAACUUUCUUGUUUGCGUUGUCAUUUUCUCACAGUCCCUGAAAGUGUUGCUGUCUUUUUUUACAGAGGCAGAUAUCAACCUUUUACCACUAUUUUAAAAGUUUACGGAAAAGUCCAGAUGACCUUUUCUUCCAUCCCAAAAACAGAGUCAUUUGACAACUCACUGUUUCAAAGAUAAUUGUCCCCACAAACGUGUCGCUGGUUUCUCUCCAGUUCAUCUGGUGACUCAUCUGCUCUGUAAUCGUGUAAAACCCUGCGAUUCUUUCCUCCUCGUGUUGGGGCUGAUGGUCUUGAUGUACGACAAACUGCUUGAUGUCAUGAUGAUAUUUAUAUGGCAAUACAUAAACUGCUUGAUGUCAUGAUGAUAUUUAUAAGGCAAUACAUUUUCCUAAUCCAUGACAAUCCCUGACAUGUUUUUUUAAAGCAUGGUCAUUUUUUAUUUUAUUUUUUUGCAAAUGUUUUUUCAGUCCAUUCGCAAGUGACUUAAAAAAAACCCCUGAAGAGCUAAGACCUGGGUGAGUUAGAAUUUACAGAGAUAAAUUAUCAACAGUUUAAGUGUUGGCGUUUUAAAUCUUUGACCCGUAGUCCAGUGCUGUUAUUACAGUAAAAUAUUUUCACUGUGAUGGAGCAAUAGUGACACAUUCUUCCUUGCAAAAUUGCUCAGGUUGUGUCCCAUCAGUUGAAGAAUGACGAUGGACAAGUUGUCGUCACCUUGUCCAAACGUUGGUACGGAGUCCGACGUGAGUUUUUGUCUACACAUAUUUAGGUUAAUCCUAGGUAGGGUUUUAUGCACAGGAUCAUUUAAAUUAAAUAACAUGAAUAUGUAAAGUAUGUCUCCAACACCUCUUUACCAGCCUGGUAGGUUCAGUCAAAUAAUGUAUGUCAAAGGUUUGAUGCCUGUGUUCUCUUCAUGUCUCUGCGUCCUUUUUGGAGGAUUCAGUCUGUCGUUCACAAAGAUCAGGUUAAGGUCACUUUUUGCAGGUUGGACGCUCAGGGUUUUGUGGAAAUAGUUUCUGUUCUCGUUGGAAAUGGUAACAAAUUGUUUGUAGUCUUUUUGUUGUUGUUUUUUUAACAUGGAAACCUUCAGACACUAAGACCAUCAGUGAACACGGUGCUGAAGUUUGUGUACUGAGAAAUCCUGCUGUUUGGAUUGAAGAGAUGAAAUCAGACGAUAACUGAACCUGGUGGUGGCGGGCCGUCUUUAACAGACUUCAGACGUGGUCCUUGUUGUUCACAGGUUGAGCCCACAGUGUCAACUUUCAAUCAGCCCACCGUUCCUUUCCAAAGCCACAACCGUUUGUCGUAGAUUCAUUUAUGUUUAGAUACAGCAUGUCUUCAGAAGACUUGGGUUGUUUUUUAGCAUAUAAUACUUUAAAACGAUUUAUUCACAAAAGUGUUCUAGGCGGUGACAUGUUUAAUUUAUUUAUUUAUACUUUCCUCCCUUAUAAUUAAAUUCAUAGAAAUACAAAUGUUGUCAGUGGUUAAUACAUACUGGUACCUCAGAUGUUCCUUUAACACUGUUUUUUUUUUUUAACUUUACCUUUGCUUCAUUUGUUUCACUAGGCAAAUGGAAGAGGAAGAAGUGUGAACUUCCUGGUUUAAAGGUCGAACAGUUUGUUUCAGCAGUAUUUUUUUAAUCCAAAGUCCAAACUGCCUGUGUGUAAAUCAUACCAGAAAGUGUGUAGGAAGUCCACUGCUCUUCUAAUGUGUCAUGAAUCCCUACCAUGUGUGUAACAAUGUUUGUCAUGUCUGAUAUACAUGAUGGCACUUUUCCCCAUGACCACUCCAAUAUCCUAUAGAAGGAGUUCCUUUUUGAGUUAGAGUUUUUUGUAGCUAUAGUCACACGUAUGCCAGUGCGGGAUCAUUGAUCUGAAAUGUGUCUCUAUCUGAUACUCUGUUUUAUUCAUUGUUAUUAUUUUCUCACGUUAUUUAGAAGGCUGUUAUGUUUUUCCUCCAUCCAUAUUUACUUGUGUUUGCAAGGAGAAUAUACUUUGCUGUAGCAGAUUUUUAUGUAUCAAAAUAAAUUAUGUAAGAAAUGUCA